CAGCACUAAAGCUUGGCCAUGACAGAAGAAAGCCGAGGGAAGCGAAGGAAACAAGCCAACCCGAGGAGAAAUCGAGUGGACGCUGAGCAGGUCAGCUCUCUGGGUUCGGAGGAAGACGAUGAGGUGGGCUUGUGGAGCCUGGAGCCCCAGGACUGCCACGAGAGCCUGGACAAGACGAGUCUGACACCCAGCGAGGUGACAGAGGAGCCCAGCAGCCCUGCCCACUCCACCCGGCCUCUCGGCCUCAGCCCUGGCAGCAGGACCUGCUGGGGCCAGGUGGAGCCAGAGGCCACGGCUGAGGAGGACGCCACCUACGUGUCUGCCGACAGGGAGGGGGACCAAGAACCACUGAGGAUGUACUGUAAGAAUUCAGACGCCCAGAAUGCUUUUGAGGAUCUGGCCCAUUACGAAUUUGUGGCUCAGCUGAGGAAGGCCUCAACCUCAGCCGGUGUGUUGGACCACCUGAACCAUAACGGCACGUCGGCUGUUUACCCUCUGAGCAGCAGGCACGAUGAGCUCCCACCUGCCAUCUGGUCGCCAGGAGCUCAGCACUGCUCACCUGAAGGAGCAGAUGAAGACCGGAGCCAGCAGGCCUGUCCGUUCUGCCACAGGAUGUAUCCGCGAGGAGCCUCUUUGAGAGACCAUGUCAAAUACUGCCAGGAGAGGGAAGGGGGCCAUAUGGUUUGUCCACUCUGUGGAUACACUGCCACCCUUAGGUCACAGAUGGAGCGGCACCUAGCACUUCACAACCAAAUCCAGGACAAGAGUGCCAUCGGUUUGGACCAAAGCAUGGAGACGAGGAAGUUCAAAUGUCUGGAGUGUGGGAAAGCAUUCAAGUACAAACACCACCUCAAAGAGCAUCUUCGCAUCCACAGUGGUGAGAAGCCGUAUGAGUGCUCCAACUGCAAGAAGCGUUUCUCCCACUCUGGCUCCUACAGCUCUCAUUUAAGCAGCAAAAAGUGCCUUGGAGGGGGAGGGCAGGGUGGGGGAAGCAUGGGGAGCAGCAGCGGAGCAUUUAACGGACACAGUCAAAGUGCCUACCACCACUCACUUCCGGCAUCUCCCUCUGCUAGUGGAGGAAGAUCCAGUAAUGACCACAGCUCGCUGUUGGCUUUACAAAACCAGGACAGUAUCAGGUCCUUGGGUCAUUUACCAGCAGAUUCUCACCAGCAAUCCCUGCAGGAUUUCCAUCAGAGCUUCCCUGGCACGUCUGACCCAGUUAGGUUGUGGGAUCGUUCACCAGAGCUGUCUCUGAGGAGCGGUAUCAUUAAAGGGACGACCCUGUUGCCUUAUCUUCACUCUGGGACCAAGUUUGACCAAAUGCUGCAGGAAAUGCUUCACAGAGAUGUAAAGAUAGAGCAAGACAAGGAAGAGGUAGAGGAAAGGAGGGUGGUCCAUAAUGGAAGAGGGCUUGAGAGGAAGAUAUCGCCUGACAGGAGAAGAGAAGUGAGAACAGGUGAAUCAGAGAGAGGUGCAUUUGGGGUGACGUGUCGUUGGUGCUUGCAGCCCUUCCCGAACAUGGCCAUUCUUCUACAGCAUGAACACAGCCUCUGUAAGAUAAACAGAGAAGCAGCGGAAGCUACUGACAGUUUUCGAAGGAAAGACCUCUCCUCACCGCCUUUAUUCUUCCCCAGAUCGGCUCUCCAUGCAGAAAACACCAAACCAAGUGAAGUAACUAAUGGAUUCUCUGGAAACAAGUCCCCUUCACAGAAGCCAAGCUGCCAAUCUGUGCCACAGCAGCUUUUAGUGGCAAUGCCGUCUCCUCCUCGCCAUGAUGCACUGUCUUCUCGCAUGUACCUGUCCAGCCAGGAUAAAGGUAGUCCAAGUCAUCAGUCCCCAGGGAUGUCAUCCCCUAGAGGCAGAAAAAGAGUUCCCUCUUCAGGCUUCAAUUCUCCUGUCUGCAUUGACAUCUCUAGCGGUCCACCUGAAAACUUGUCUCCUCAAAAAGAAACUAGCAGUCCAUGGUCCACACAGAACGAACCGCUGGACCUCUCUCUACCGAAGCAGCUGUCAGAGCAAAAGGGAAGAAAUAAAACUCUUAAUGGGAUCUCAGGGAGAGGAGAACGGAGAGAGCUUAGGACCCAAUUAAGCAGACCAAGUCCAACUUCACAAAUGCCCCUUCAGCAGUACCCCAUCCUCAGCAGUACUGGUGCCCCAGUGUUUCCAGGCUCUGUAUUCAAUGGGUUUAACAUAUUCAGCCAAACUGGAAUAGGUCUUCCACUUCAUGAGGGCAUGAUACCAACUCCGUAUAGUCAGGCAACUAACAGUCCUAGGUUUCUCUCUCCUAUGGCCUACAUGAUGGAAGCCAAUGCAGAAGCUGUGCUGAAAAAGAUCUACCAGGAGAGGCAAAGUUUUAUGGGUGAGGUGUUAAACCGCAGUUCUCUGGACUACCUCUCUUUAACUGAUGAGGGGUUUGAAGGAGAUGGAGGACCAGGCAGGAAGAGGCUAAAGAAAACGGAAGAAGGCCUUUAUGCUUGUGACAUCUGUGAAAAAACCUUCCAGAAGAGCAGUUCUCUUCUCCGACACAAAUACGAGCACACAGGCAAACGUCCUCAUGAGUGCAAGAUCUGCAACAAGGCCUUCAAGCACAAGCACCACCUGAUCGAGCACAGCCGGCUGCACUCUGGAGAGAAACCCUACCAAUGUGACAAGUGCGGCAAACGCUUCUCCCACUCAGGCUCUUACUCCCAGCACAUGAACCACCGCUACGCGUACUGCAGCAAAGACCAGGAUCUGGACCAGGAUCAUGAGGACAUGCCUCUCACCCCGGGAGCUGGCAGCAGUCUGGUAGGCAGCCUAGGUGAAGACAAAUCUCUGUCUGCAGACGACCCACACACAGCCCACUCCUUCCUCAGUGACUCCAGCCUGGACGGAGCUGCGGACACUCUGAAAGAGGGGGAGGAAGAGGAGGAAAGAGUUAGGAAAAUACAUGAAGGUCUGUUGGAAGAAGCAGAGGAGCUGGAAAGUAGCCCCAAUGAAGGGUCACCCACCGGGGAGAGUGAACUGCAAAAUAAGCUUAUUAACUGUGAAGCAGGAAAUCAUAUUAACAACACAGAGAACCAAAUGUGGGACAGAGACACCGAGGACCAGAACGGAGGCUUGGAUAAAUGUGAAAUGAACAUGGAUUUAACAGAAUUACCUAGAAUAUUAAUUUAACACGACCUUAACAAGCUUUAAGACUUUUAAUUUGAUAUAUUCCUACAUAGAGUGUUUUUCUUGUUUUUCAUGACAGAAUGCCCAAAACACCAAUGUUUUUGUGGCCUUAAAUGGAUGAAGCCAUGCCAGUUAUAUUUGUGCCAAUGCAAAUGACAGUAUUUUAUCAUGUUCAAUAGACUUCAGUUACGUACAGUGUUAUUCCAAUUGUUUUGUUGUUUUUUUUAACCCAAAUGGGUUAACUGAACUAAAGUUACGUCACAUAUUUGGAUGUGGCAUUACAUAAAUCUUCAAUGCUUGCUGCUCCCUAUUGCACAUUAAACAAUACUCGUAAAUACUUGUUUUUAACCUUAAAACAAAAGUUUUCUGUCUUUAACAGUUAUGUUGGUGUUCAUUUAAUGUCUGACCAAAGCUUGAAAAAUAAUUUCUGCUCUUAAUAAGUGCACAAAAUAUUUUCUAUCCUGUGCUAUUUUAUGUGAGAUCUCACAUUUUUGUUGUGACAUAUAGUAUUUGCUUCAAUCAAAUUGUGUGAAUAUACAUACUGGAGCUGACUACCUGGUUUGCUGUGAAAUCCCCAAAAAAUAACUUAUUGCCAGGUGAACAACGGUUCUCCGUGGCCUCAGUCAGUCAUCUGUUAAAUGUUAUAAACAUGCAGCAAAAAAGAGGAACAACUGGAAGGUAGCUGUUUAUUCAUGCUUCAAACAAAAAGCAGUGGCCUGCACCUUUGUAAGCAUUUGCCUUACUGGGAAGACAGUCAUUUCUGCAUCUUUGCAUAAGAUGUUAACGGGGGCAAAAGAUAAACAUAGUGUCCGGGGGUUUUUCCCCUUGAGGCAUCAGAUGCCUUUUGGAACGUUUUACCGUUUGUUUGAUUAUCACAAAUUCAUCAGGUCCAAAGAUAUCCGCUAUUUCUUGUAAUAAUUUGCAUGCGCUCCGACCUAUUUUUGCAGAACAGAGCAUUAACCUGUCAAACACUUAAGCUUUUUUGACGAGGUGUGGCAAGGGGGUCAAGAUUCAGGGCGGAUAGAUCAGUUUUAAACUUCCUCUUUCAGACUGCGGUGUAGUCAACAUGAAAAGUGCCUCAGAUGUACUCAGACAACUGUGAGUAAUCCGAAAAAGCCUUCGUACGAUGAGACUUUGCAGACUGGUGCAUGAGGUGUGACUAAGCUUGCAGCGCUCAUGCAUACUGCGUGCCAAAGAUACUUCUUGUGUGCGUACGUAUCACCAAAGACAUGCAUAUGUGACACACCAACGGCUAUGCUAUUCUUGCAUAGUUCCUCACCUGUUAUCUUGUAGCAAAAGAACAGGCAAAUACGAGUUUCACAUUCACUCAGUUGCUGCACACCUUUCUAUGGGUUUCUUUUCAAAAGGUAUUUUUUUCCCCAUUCAUGCAAGUUUUAUAUAAACUUUCUAUAUGUAUAUAUUUUCAUUUUUUUAACAGAAAUAUACAGAAUUUGUCUUGAAAUUCUUGUAUUUCAUUUAUUUUUCUAAUUAAAAAUGACAG